AUAGAUCAACCUUGAUUGGACAAUUGAUUAAUUCAUAUUUAAAAAAUGAAGAAGAUUUGGAUGAUACAAUGAAAAAUUAUCUUCUUGAUGGUACAACUUUAAUAGUUGACCGCUAUGUAUUUUCUGGUGUCGUAUAUUCUACUGCAAAAGGUUUGGAUUUUAAUUGGUGUAAAUCAUCUGAUAUAGGAUUAUUAACACCAGAUAUGGUGAUUUUUAUGAAUAUGCCUUCUGAAGAAUUGUUGAAAAGAAAAGGUUUUGGCGAUGAAAGAUAUGAGAAAUUGGAGUUUCAGCAAAAAGUAAAAGAUAAUUUUUUAAAAUUAGAAGAUCCUAGAUUUUGGAAGAUUUUAGAUGCAAAUAAAUCAAUAUCAGAAAUUCACAACCAAAUUAUGAAAUUAUCAUUAGAUACAAUUGAGCAAAGGUAG